CUAUAUGAAAAGGACUAGUACCAACCAUUCAAACUAUGAAUCAGGUUCUUGUCACAGCAACAAGACUGUAAUACAAAAUUUAUCAUGAAAAAACUCCUUAUUCGAGGAACUUUCGAAUGAAAAAUCUACAGGCGAAGCACAAAAUAUUCAAAAAGCAAAAAAUAUAAAAUAAAAAUACUCAUCAAUAGAUAACCAUAUUUAUAUAUAGUAAAAUAGAAAAAGUUGAAUAAACACAUAUUGACUUUUAUAUAUAUAUAUAUAUGCAAUAGUGGCAGAUAAUAAAAUAGGGAUUGUUGGCGUUAGGGAAAGCGUGGACGCGGGAGAGAUGGGAGACGAAAAAGUGAAGAAUGAAGCAAUGGAGAUAAUGGGAAUGUUCCAAGUGCUUCCUCGUCUCGUCGUCUUCGAUCUCGAUUACACUCUCUGGCCAUUUUAUUGUGAAUGCCGCUCCAAAAAUGAACAGCCAUAUAUGUAUCCUCAGGCCAAAGGCAUCUUACAUGCCUUCAAGGACAAGGGAGUGAAUGUUGCUAUUGCCUCGAGAUCACCCACUCCAGAUAUAGCAAAUGCUUUCAUUCAAAAACUGGGGAUGAAAUCAAUGUUUGUAGCCCAGGAGAUAUUCUCCAGUUGGACACAUAAGACGGAACACUUUCAGAAAAUCAAUCGAAAGACAGCGGUGCCUUACAAUGAGAUGCUGUUUUUUGACGAUGAAAAUCGGAAUAUACAGGCGGUUUCAAAAAUGGGUGUCACAAGCAUAUUGGUGGGCAAAGGGGUAAAUUUAGGGGCUUUGAGGCAAGGACUGUCCGAGUUUGUUAAGAAUUCUGCUACAGUGGAAAAGAACAAAGAACAAUGGCGCAAAUUCUCAAAAGAACCAGGUUCAUCCAAAAGUGACAAACAAUGAAGAUUUUAGCAGUCCUGGGCAUACAAAGAAAGGUAAUAGGUCAGUUGCACUAGCAGUCAAGAAUAUGGCCCCGAGUCCUGUAUCAGUUAAUCCUUAUCUGUUCACAUUAAAGGAUCACCGUCCAAAUUUGUUGUUGAUUUGGAUGUUAUUGUUGUAUGGAUAUUGAAACAUUGAACUUGUUACAAUAUAUAAAUUUCCUAUCGUA